UGGGCUCUCCCCGCGCCGUCAGCUGACGGGCGGCGGGCCGGUCCCGCGGCAACAUGGCGGCUGAGAUCCACUCCCGGCCGCAGAGCAGCCGGCCCGUCCUCCUCAGCAAGGUCGAGGGGCAUCAGGACGUGGUGAGCGCCGCGCUCCUCAUCCCCAAGGAGGACGGGGUCAUCACGGCCAGCGAGGACAGAACAAUACGAGUAUGGCUGAAGAGAGACAGCGGACAAUACUGGCCCAGCAUCUAUCACACCAUGUCAUCGCCAUGUUCAGCCAUGGCGUAUCAUCAUGACAGCAGACGAAUAUUUGUAGGCCAGGAUAAUGGAGCUAUCAUGGAGUUUCAUAUUUCAGAGGACUUCAAUAAGAUGAACUUUGUGAAGACGUAUCCAGCUCAUCAGAAUCGAGUGUCUGCUAUUACUUUCUGCCUGACGUCAGAGUGGGUGAUCAGCACUGGUCAUGACAAGUGUGUCAGCUGGAUGUGCACCAGGAGUGGGAGUAUGCUGGGGAGACAUUACUUCACCUCUUGGGCUUCAUGUCUACAAUAUGAUUAUGAAACUCGGCAUGCAUUUGUUGGUGAUUAUUCUGGACAGAUCACUCUCCUGAAGCUUGAGCAGAAUACAAGCUCAGUUAUCACAACACUCAAAGGGCAUGAAGGAAGUAUUACUUCCCUGUGGUGGGAUCCUGUUCAACGACUGCUCUUCUCAGGUGCCUCUGAUCACAGCAUUAUCAUGUGGGAUAUUGGUGGAAGGAAGGGGCGAACGCUGCUGCUCCAGGGACAUCAUGACAAGGUGCAGGCUAUCUGUUACAUCCAGCUGACACGUCAGCUGGUAUCUUGUUCAGCUGAUGGGGGAAUUGCUGUUUGGAACAUGGAUAUCAGCCGAGAAGAGGCUCCUCAAUGGCUAGAAAGUGAUUCCUGUCAGAAGUGUGAACAACCUUUCUUCUGGAAUAUAAAGCAAAUGUGGGACACAAAGACAUUAGGGUUAAGACAGCAUCACUGCAGAAAAUGUGGACAAGCAGUAUGUGGCAAGUGCAGUACCAAGCGGUCAAGUUACCCGAUCAUGGGAUUUGAGUUCCAGGUCCGUGUCUGUGAUUCCUGUUUUGAGUCAAUCAAGGAUGAAGACCGUACUUCCUUGGCAACCUUUCAUGAAGGAAAACACAACAUUUCACAUAUGUCCAUGGACAUCUCCAGAGGGCUAAUGGUGACUUGUGGGAGUGACCGGAUUGUGAAGAUCUGGGACAUGACACCGGUAGUUGGUUGCAGCCUUGCAACUGGCUUCUCUUCACGCUGAUCUCAUACCCAACAGGUUUAUGCACCUUAUGUACAGCAAUACGCACCGAAUGAAUGGAAUCCUUCUUAAGAAUAUUACCGCAAACACUGGUUGCUUGAUUCUUCUCCUGCUGCUGUUCCAGGAUGGACAGUCACCUUUGUAGAGCACGGCUUUUCUGUUGGGCUCACCGGGAAUCUCCUUGGUGCGGAAGUGCAGUUUUGCAGCCUCUUGGACUAACGUAAAAUGGCUUACCUGCAAUAUGACACCUUGAUGAAAGGACCUGUUGUUUCUCGGUUUACAUAUGUAGUGUUAACGAUGUGCUAUCUCUGCUGAUAUAUCUUGUACAGAUAACCUUGUAGCUAAAACAUUAUCAGAGUAAAAUGAGUGUAGUAAAUUCGAUUUGUGCAAAUAGUAAAAUAACUUAUUUUCUCUUCCAAAAAGCAGUUGUGUAGAAAUACUUUUGAGCAGUCACUGUCUAAACUGCCUCCAAAAGGUAUGUUGGUUAUUCCUAUGGAAGGAGGAGAUACUUCAAAGUGGCAGGUAGCUUCUUUCAGAUGAGACAAUAAGAGAACCUUUGAUCACACAAGAUUUCCUUUAUUGGCUUUCUUGUAGUGUUUGUCUUCAAGUUCAGUUAUUAGUGAAGUCACUUUUGUGGAACAACUGUUCUGUUUAGGUAGCUGGUGAGUCUUCGAACAAUUCUAGGCUCUUUAAGUAGUGUUUUAGCAUAGCUAAUAAACUUCUGUAGUUCUUAUGAAAACGUGCAGCCCAGCUACUCUACUCUAAAGACAGGUCGUAGGUAUGAGCCGUGUACUUUGACAACUCUAUAAUGCUGUUAGAAUGGGAAGCUAAGCAAAUCUGCCUUGUUAAAUGUAAUGGCUAAGAAAAAAUGGCCAGCUAAAUUUUAGAGACUUUUUCCUGUGGAAAGGCUGAUGUUUCUUUAAUGGUAGGGAACCUGUCUAAGUGCAGCAUAAAUUCAAAUACUGCCUUGGUGUUGCUUAAAACAGAUAAAUACUGAGCAAUAAUUACUGAGGUACAGAACAGCUGCUUUUUUCCCUGCACCUAGGUCUGUUAAUCCUGAGAUAUCUAUAUUGAUCUUUUCCUGUUUCAAAGCUGAGAAGUAUGAAGAAGAGCUGGGAGGCUUUUAUGACUGUGCAGUUGGUCCGUACAGGAAAUAACUAGUGAGAUACUGUCAAUAAAUUGGUCUGUCAGUUGUGUGAAUUUCCUACAUUUGAACAUUGUACGGAGAACUUAUUUCAAAACUUUGAAAGCUAAGGUAAUAUGUCACAGAGUUUAAGCUUGGAGCUAUUCAGAUUUUUCUGAAAACAGAUGCAUAUGUGUGAGGACAAAAAAUGUGGGUAGGUCAGCUGGCCCAGAAUAGAUGGUGUUGCACAACUAUCAAAGGUAAUAGGCUCUUUCUGGCAGAGGACUUAAGGGUAGACUGUCUUUCUUUACAGCAACAAUCAAGUGGUGCUAUGAGUGUUAGUGAAUUCAAGUCCUAGGAGUGUAACUUGACACUAAUAAUCUGCAUUGGACCAUGCUGUAGGCUGAAAUAGAUGAAGAUCAUGGUAUCAUUCAUACGUCAUGAUUCACUUGCAUUUUAAGCCAAAAAGCUGAUAGUCUCCAAAGGGCAUUAGAAUCCAGAGUAUAUUAGUUACUGUUCUUUUGGAUCUGGCUUUGUCUGCCUUUCCAUGGGCCUUCUCUGGAAGUUUUGCGAAGAGUCUUUUAAUUUGCUAGGCUUAUUGGGCCACUAAAGAAUAAACAAACCCCUCUUUUGUGGGAAUCCCAAAACUUGUCUUACCUUCAAUUUGGGAUUUAGCACUAGUCACACUGAUUUGAUUCAUCCCUUGCUACAUGCUGUAUAGCUUACGUUUUUUAUGAAGGCUUAUUUCUAAGCUAUUGAGAGAAAAUCAAUAAUAAAUCAAAAAUAAAUGCAGCUUUCUGCUCUGAAGGCUUUCACCCGUGUAAACUAGGAAGGAAACUGAGUGGUUGAAGGGGUGAAUUAGCCCUGAUAAUGCUCUGCAUUUACUUUCAGACUUCUUCCUACCUGGGUUUGGAAGAGAAUGGAGGCCGCCUUCCUUGCAGCGUGUAAGGCUGAACAUGAGUUACAUUGCUAGAACUGUUUAAGAUCCUACUGUGCUGUGGUAAGGAGGAUCUAGGGUUGUGAGUUAAGCUGGGAGAUCGAUGUAGGUAUGGGAUGAAUAGCAUCUUUUUCAAACCAGACGUUCCAAAACUUACACCAGUGAUACCGAGGUGUAACUCCUUUGCAGCUAGCACUCCUGAGCUUCAGCUUUUUUAGUUCUGAUUAGUCAACGUGCCCCCUGCUCAGCAUGCAGCUCCCCCCCUUCCCUGUGAAUACUUCCUCUGCUUCUUGACAGCCACCUAUCUUACAUUAUGGUUUUGCCACUAAAUAAUAUAUUCUCUAUUACAUAUUGUUAAACCUAAGGAAUCUAUUUUCUAUAAUUGAUAUACUUAAAGGUAGUGUCAGUUCAGAUGUAACAAGACAAUUAUGGCUGCUAAAUCAUUAGUCAUUUAAGUAUACUCUUGGUGUUGAAUGAGUAAUCCUUACAAACCACUAAAGAGAUAGUGUUUUUGUUUAGAAACAACUAUUUUGAAGGCACAUACUCUCUCAUGAAAUUGAACAUACUUCAAUGAUGUCAACUCAAGUGUGCAAUUACCGAGAAGGCUUGAUUUGAAGCAUUACUAGUCUCGCUUGUAUAACCUCCUUCGUUGGGGCAGGGAAGGGGAGCAAAGGGUACUAAUAUGGGCUCAUUCUUUACUAGUUGUAUUUAUGUACCCUGCAUAGUUAAGAGAUGCUAGAUAAAUCCGUCCCUCGUUCCUUGUCUGUUUUUUAAACUUUGAUUACAUGUACAAUAAAAUAUUUCUUGAUAUUCA